AUGGCCGGGGCGGGGUUCGCGCUCGCGCGGUCAAAGCCUCCACUCGACCAUCUCCUUCCUCCUUGCUUGGUCGUCAUGGCCACCAUCCUCACAAGAUCCAGCCCGUCUCCUCCACGUCCGCCGAGUGGACGUUCCGGCGGACCCGGUCGGCGCCGUCGCUCGCCGCCGAGUUCGCGGGUGGCCCGCUCAAGCGCUGGUGGGACUGGGGCCACGGCUGGCUGCGGCUUCGCCGGCGACCUGAAGAUGAUCGAGGAGGAGGCGGUCGCGCUCGGUCGGGGCACCUGGGCCCACUUCCUCUACAAGGUGUGCUCCGGGGUCCGCCGCCUCGUCGCGUCCGACCACCCGCUGCCCACCACGCAGUGCCUCAGGGGCGCCUCGCUGCCCCCGUUCCGGCGUUCCGGCGGACGGGCGGUGGUGCCGAGCAGGCCGACGCGGCGGGACGAGCUGAAGGGCGCGCGGGACAAGAAGCAAGGGCGCGGGACGAGCUGCAGGGGCGGGGUGCGCGGGUCGAGCUGCAGGCGCGCGCGGCGGCCGUGUGAGUUGCCGCCGAGCUCGCGCAGCUCCGGGUCGCCUCCAAGCUCGCGUUGCCGCCGCUGCAGUCCACCUUUGGGUUGUCUCCAAGCUCGCGCCGACAGGGAGGGAGGGGAGCACGCUGGACGGCGGCGAGCGGCGUCUUGGUGA